AACGUCUUCCUUCUCUCUCUCUCUCUCCCCCCUCCUCACCAACCCCCGCCACAGACCAUUCUCUUUCUUUUGCUUGAUCCUACGCUUCGUUUCCAUUUCUUCGUCUCUGUUUACGGACAAUCUUGACGCCACCCACCAUGCCUGCCGCCGCCGCCGACGCUACGACCACCCCAUCAGGUUCCGGCCAAACCAUCUGCGUCACGGGCGCCGGUGGCUUCAUCGCCUCUUGGAUCGUCAAGCUUCUCCUCGAGAGAGGAUACACUGUUAGAGGCACCGUCAGAAAUCCAGAUGAUUCUAAGAACGCACACUUGAAGGAGUUGGAAGGAGCGCUGGAGAGGCUAACUCUUCAUAAGGUUGAUCUUCUUGAUCUUGAGUCUGUGAAAGCUGUUGUUAAUGGCUGUGAUGGCGUCAUUCACACGGCCUCUCCCGUCACAGACAACCCCGAAGAGAUGGUGGAGCCGGCAGUGAAUGGAACAAAGAAUGUGAUCAUAGCAGCUGCAGAAGCAAAAGUGCGAAGAGUGGUGUUCACGUCAUCCAUUGGAGCAGUUUACAUGGACCCCAGCAGGAGCAUUGAUGCGGUGGUUGAUGAGUCUUGCUGGAGCAAUUUGGAAUAUUGCAAGAACACAAAGAACUGGUACUGCUAUGGGAAGGCAGUGGCAGAGCAAGCGGCAUGGGAUGAGGCAAAAGCAAGAGGGGUGGAUUUGGUUGUAGUGAACCCAGUGUUGGUGCUGGGACCAUUGCUUCAAUCCGCUAUAAAUGCUAGCACAAUUCACAUCCUCAAGUAUCUCACUGGCUCUGCCAAGACCUAUGCAAAUGCUACUCAGGCUUAUGUUCAUGUCAAGGAUGUGGCAUUAGCCCAUAUUCUGGUUUAUGAGACUCCUUCUGCCUCUGGUCGUUAUUUAUGUUCUGAGAGUUCCCUCCACCGUGGAGAGCUGGUUGAGAUCCUGGCCAAAUACUUCCCAGAAUACCCAAUUCCUACCAAAUGUUCAGAUGAGAAGAAUCCAAGAGCAAAACCCUACACAUUUUCUAACAAGAAGCUGAAGGAUUUAGGACUAGAGUUUACGCCAGUGGAUCAAUGUUUAUACGACACCGUCAAGAGCCUGCAGGACAAAGGCCAUCUUCCUCUUCCCACCAAGCAAGCAGAAUCUGUUCAGAUUAAAUCCUAGACAUACAGUUUAAUCAGUUAUUACUGCCCAAGUAAUUAGUUCCCAAGUAUUGUUUAUUAUUAUUAUCAUUAAAGAUGAAGAGAAGCAGUUUUUAGUAAGCUGGGUCCACACGAAGCUAUUGAUGAGAAUAUUUAAGAUUAGAAUUGUGAAUGUGUUGGAUAUCUGUAUCAGACUUCAGACAAUUCCUUCCAACGGUUCUUCUCUGUAAAAGUAGUAAAAUCGAUCAAUAUAUUUGCUUUUCCUUACUCAUUUUAA